UAGUUUUAAUAUUAUAACCGUACAAUUUAUAACAUUUAUAAAGUAACAUGGAUUCUAUUUAAUAAUAUAAAAAUGUAUGCAAAUUUUUCCUUUUACUUCCAGAUGCUUACCAAACCUUUCGUUGUGAUCUGCUGCCUGGCAGUGGCAGUGCUCGCGGAGGAGAAGUACACUGACAAAUAUGACAACAUCAACAUUCACGAGAUUUUGGAGAACAAGAGAUUGUUGACAGCUUAUGUCAACUGUAUGCUGGACAAAGGCAAAUGCAGCCCCGAAGGCAAGGAGUUGAAGGACCAUAUUCAAGACGCCCUCGAAACGGGCUGUGAAAAAUGUACCGAAAAACAAAAGGAGGGAGCUACGACCAUUAUUGAACGGCUUAUCUCACACGAGAAGGAGUUCUGGGAUGAACUAUGUGCCAAGUACGAUCCCGAAGGAGUAUGGAGGAAGAAAUACGAGGAACAAGCAAAAGAAAAAGGCAUCAUCAUACCCCACUAAGGAAUAUGUAACAAAGGCUAUGGAUUUUUUACAAUAUUUUGUAAUUUAUUUUUAAUAAAGAUUUAAAUGCA